AUGAAUACGCCACUUGAUUCAGCCAGCUUUUUAGAAAAGUAUACGAAAAUUAAAAUUGUUGGAAAAGGAUCUUCCGGAACAGCUAUACUAUAUGAACGUAACAUUGAUAAAAAAUUAGUAGUUGUAAAAGAAGUUAAUUUGUUUGAUUUAAGUGAAAAUGAGAAAGAAUUGGCAUUAAACGAAGUCCAUGUUUUGUCAGUUUUAAAUCAUCCUAACAUUAUUGGCUAUUAUGGAAGCCUGGAACAAAAUGGUAGUUUAUUUAUUGAAAUGGAGUAUGCGGAUAACGGUACAUUAGCUGAUUUGUUAAAUACUUUAAAUUCUACUAACAAUUUCCUACCAAAUACAAUAAUUGUUCAUGUUUUUUCACAAAUUGUUUCUGCUAUUUGUCAUAUACAUGCAAAUAAUAUUUUACAUAGAGAUUUGAAAACUGCAAAUAUAUUUUUGAAUAUUGAUGGGAGUGUAAAAGUUGGUGACUUUGGAUUAUCAAAAUUAUUAACAACACGUAUUUGGACAGAUACAGUUCUUGGUACACCAUUUUAUUUAAGUCCAGAAAUGUGUGCUGGAGAAGAAUACAAUGAAAAAUCGGAUGUUUGGGCAUUAGGAUGUAUUUUAUAUGAAAUGAUUACACUUAAAAAACCAUUUCAAGCAACAAACCUAACCGCUUUGGUAAAAAAAAUUACCGAAGAAGAUAUAAUACCAUUACCACAUAAUGUAAAUUGUUUUCAAGAAUUAGUGACCAGUUUAUUACAAAAGCAACCAAAUUUACGACCAACUGCUGAGAUAAUCAAAACUAAUUAUUUGCCAGAAAUAUCAAAAGAAAUAUCAAAAACAAAAUGUUUUGAGGAGUUUAGUGGUGAACGUUUACAACCGAUAAAUUUACCACCAAAAAGAUUUUCAGAACUUUCAAUUAGUGAUACGCAUUACAUUGCUUUAACUUCAGGUGAUAUAUUAAACCAUAAUUCAACAAAUUUAAAAAUUAUCGAAACAUUAAAGAAUUCUCGAAUUCAGAGUAUUAAUUGUGGCCAUUCACAUGCUGUUGCAUUAUCCGAGGAUGGUACAGUUUAUUGUUGGGGUAAAAAUAUACACGGUUGUUUAGGUUUAGGUGAACCUUUAAAAAAUAAGGCUGAUCCCACUAAAAUCGAUUUACCGUUAAUGAAUAAUCAAAUAAUAAACAUAUUCAUUGGAUCAAAUGCAACUGGAAUUUUGGAUAGCAAUGGUGUUUUAUAUUUAUGUGGAUCAAAUAUUUAUCAGAAAUUAACACCAAGAAAAGUGGAAUUUUUAUCGAAAUUCAGUCAAGUACAAUAUGUUAAAAGUAAAAUUAAAAUGGUGUCGUUGGGAGAGUAUCAUACAGCCAUUUUAACCGUAAAAGGACAAGUCUUUACCUUAGGAAAUAAUGAUGUGGGUCAACUGGAUAAAAUCACACCUUGUCGUAAUCGUAUCGUGCAAGUCUAUUCUCACGAUCAAAUACUCAUCCAAUAUGAUUGGAUGAAAAAAGGAAACUCGUGUGUUGGAUUAUCCACAAAUCCUGAUAUAACUUGUGGACCAUGUUAUACUGCCGCAAUCACAAACAAUAACGUUUUGUAUUUAUGGGGAAAACAGUUUUCAUUUUCAUUGAAUCCGAUUUCACCAACAAAUUCAUUAUUAAAUACUGCAAUUAAUUCAUUAAAACCUACUAAAACUGAUGACGAAACACUCAAAUUCUUUAAUGAGAUGGCCAGUAUUCAUUUAACAAAUUUAAUUUUUAUACCAACGCCAAUUUUAGCGUACGUAUCACAAUUAGCUAUUUGUUGCACAGAAAGUCGUUCGAAAAGAGAAUAG